AUGAAACCAAAACCGCAAAAGAACACUGGCAAAUUUAAUAAAAAGCCUACCAAAGCUGAUCAAAAACAAAAGCCCAAUUUUAAGCAAAAAUACAAGCAAAAGAAGCAGGACAACAAACCCAACAAGCCGGAAAUACGUAAAAUGAUUCACCAGCAGAAGGCUGCCGAAGCGCAGGCGGAGCGUGACAAGAUCAAGGCCGAAAAGGAGGCACGCAUCAAGGCAUACAAGAAGCAGCGCCUGGAAAAGACCAAAGCCAUCAGCAAGCGAACCCAGCGCGGCCAGCCCCUGAUGAAGGAUCGCAUGCAGCUGCUGCUCAAGCAAAUCGAGGAGAUGAAGGGGCGCCAAUGACGGGGAUAUGUGGUAGUGGGAGUAAGAGCAAGUACUUCAAGCUUGAGUGGCUUUUGCUUGUCGCCUUAUUAAUAUGCCUCGGCGAUGUGUUUGCGGCACCAAAACGCAA